AUGCUCCUGCAGUCGACGAUUGACGGGCAACCUCUGACUGAUUUGGAAAUCCGAGAAGAAGUGGACACGUUCAUGUUUGAGGGCCACGACACAACGACGUCCGCCAUUAGCUUUUUACUUCAGAGCCUGGCCAAUAAUCCCGACGUUCAACAGAAAACAUUUGAGGAGGUCCUCAGUAUUGUGGGUGGCGAUCGGACCACUCUCAUUACGAUGGCGAUGCUGAACGAUAUGCACUAUCUGGAUCUGGUAAUUAAGGAGACCCUUCGGUUGUAUCCCUCGGUGCCGAUGAUUGGACGAAAAAUUGCUCAAACAACCGAAAUCAACGGUAAGAUGUUUCCCGCUGGUGCUAACGCGAUCAUAAUGCCCUUCUUUAUGGGCCGCAAUCCCGAGUUCUAUCCCAACCCGGAGAAGUUUGAUCCAGAACGGUUCACCGUGGAAACGUCGGCCGAGAAGACGAAUCCCUACCAGUAUGUACCGUUUAGCGCGGGACCGCGGAACUGCAUUGGUCAGAAGUUUGCCAUUGCCGAGCUCAAAAGUAUCACGAGCAAAGUAUUGCGCCAUUACGAGAUCCUGCCGCCAGAGGAGCACCGGGACGAGUCGUUCAUCGCAGAAAUGAUCCUGCGACCAGAGCACGGAACGUACGUGCGAUUGAAACCGAGAGUGUAUUAA